AUGGCUAUCCACGACUGGUUGAGCAACCUCCUCGAACAACCUCCUCGAACAACCUCCUCGAACAACCUCCUCGAACAACCUCCUCGAACAACCUCCUCGAACAACCUCCUCGAACAACCUCCUCGAACAACCUCCUCGAACAACCUCCUCGAACAACCUCCUCCAACCUCCUCGAACAACCGCCUCGAACAACCUCCUCGAACAACCUCCUCGAACAACCUCCUCGAACAACCUCCUCGAACAACCUCCUCGAACAACCUCCUCGAACAACCUCCUCGAAUAACCUCCCAACCCGAUCCAACCAACAACUCCCAGUCUGACCGUGGCGGGCUUCGGCUUCAGGACAAUCGGCAGGCUGGUUGA